AUGGCGACAGUUCCAGGACAAUUGAUUUGGGAGAUCGUUAAGACCAGCAACUGUCUCUUGGUCAAACAGUUUGGAAGAGGCAACGCCAAGGUUCAGUUCAGAAAGGAGACUAACAAUCUCUGCAACCUUAACUCCUACAAGCACUCUGGUUUUGCAAACAAGAAGACAGUGACCAUCCAGCCUGCUAACAAGGAACAAGGUGUUGUCCUCGCCACCACCAAGACCAAGCCUAAGAUAUCUGUCAAGAAGCCCAUCCUGAAGAAGGAAUUCCCCACGAUGUCCAAGGCUGUUGCUAACCAGGUGGUUCCAUUUACACUGUUACUUCCUCUUGCUUUGAUUUGUGUCAAUAUGGGAGAAGGAGAUCUAUUCAAAGCUCUUGAAGAGGCUGUCUUAGUCGUUGAUCAACUCCCAGCUUCUUUAACAAUGAUCUCUUGUGACGAGCCUUUAGUGAAGGUGACAUAA